UUACCACUCUUUGUUACCCCCAAACCUAUACUCAAAUUACUGAACAUAAAGUCUGGAAUCGAUGAAAAAGCUUAUCAAUUCUUCCUGAAGACCACUCAACACAUUAUAAGACAACGAAAGGCUGAGAAAAAUAAUCACAAGAAAUAUAAUGAUUUCAUUCAACUUCUUGUGGACGCAGAGAACCAUAAGGAAGAGCUUCACGACGAGAAUGAUGUGAAUGAAGCACAUCAUGUGAAUCAGGGCGCCGAAGAGUUAGAAAUGGAGAGAAAGACAUUAUCGGCAAACUUUCUAAACAAACAGUUGACUGAAAGUGAAAUCAUGGCUCAGGGAUAUGUAAUAUUCGCCGCCGGUUACGAGACGACGGCCACCACUCUGACGUUCUGUUCGUACGAAUUGGCGCUCAAUCCUUCCGUUCAGGAGAGGCUGUACGAGGAGGUGGAGGCAGCGGUCGAUGCGGACGGAGAGAUCAGUUACGAGGAUUUGGCAAAAUUGCCGUUUUUGGAUGCAGUCCUAUCGGAAACACUACGCAAAUACCCACCGAUCAUAAAACUACAACGUAAAGCAAUGGCUGAUUACAAGUUGGGCGACACCGGUAUUCAACUGUUCAAAAGCCAGGACGUCGAGAUACCCGUCUAUGCCAUACAUCACUCGGAGGAGUAUUAUCCGCAGCCCGAGAAGUUUAUCCCGGAUCGAUUUCUGCCCGAGAAUAGACAUAAAAUAACGCCCUACACAUACAUACCGUUUGGUGCCGGCCCCCGAAACUGUAUUGGUAUGAGAUUUGCGUUAAUGGAAGCCAAGUUAGGGUUAGUACAGAUUGUGAGGAGGUAUCGAUUUUUCCGAUCACCGCAAACAGCCGUUCCCUUAGAGUUCAAACCCAUCACUCUUUUAUGUUCGCCUAAAAGUGUUAUCAUUGGCAUUGAAAAGCGAUAA